GUGAUAAAUUGACUUGCACAGGCUUUACAAUAAAAAGCAAGCGUCUAAACUUUGUUGUGAAAUUGGGUAACACGUGAAAAUUUUGAUAGAUCAUAGAAAUGCCUAAAGAAAGACUUAAAAAGAAGUCAAGGCAACAUGCUGAAGUGCAAAAACAAGGAAUCAAUUUUAACAAAGAAUUUGGCCAACAUAUUCUGAAAAAUCCUCUUGUGGUUAAUAGUAUGGUGGAGAAGGCGGCACUACGACCUACAGAUGUUGUUCUCGAGGUUGGACCUGGUACAGGAAAUAUGACUAUCAAACUUCUUGAGAAAGUGAAAAAGGUAAAUGCCUGUGAGAUCGAUCCAAGAUUAGUGGCUGAAUUACAGAAGAGAGUAAUGGGAACGCCAUAUCAGACCAAGUUACAUGUAUUGGUUGGUGAUGUUCUGAAAACAGAUCUGCCAUUCUUCGAUGUCUGUGUAGCUAAUCUACCGUAUCAGAUUUCAUCACCUUUUGUGUUUAAAUUACUUCUUCACAGGCCGUUCUUUAGGUGCGCUGUGUUGAUGUUUCAGCGAGAGUUUGCUCAGAGACUUGUAGCAAAACCAGGUGACAAGCUGUACUGUAGAUUGUCUGUAAACACACAGCUGCUAGCCAGAGUGGAUCAUUUAAUGAAGGUUGGUAAGAACAAUUUCAGACCACCACCUAAAGUAGAGUCAAGUGUUGUUAGAAUAGAACCUAGAAACCCUCCACCUCCCAUCAACUUUCAGGAGUGGGAUGGUCUGGUACGAAUAUGCUUUUCAAGAAAAAAUAAAACCAUUGGUGCUUCUUUCAGAUUUUCAAAAGUAUUAGAAUUAUUAGAGAAGAAUUACAAAGUGCAUUGUUCCUUGAAAAGUAUUCCUGUUCCUCCUGAUUUUGAUGUGAAAGCCAAAGUUACAGAAAUGUUAGAGAAAAGUGGAUAUGAAUUAAAACGAGCUAGAACAAUGGAUAUAGAUGACUUUUUAGGGUUGUUAAACUGUUUCAACUCGGAGGGCUUCCACUUCUCGUGAAAAGACAAAAUUGACAAUCUCUGCUGAGAAAAAAGAAAAAAACACUGUGAUAUGAAUGGCUGGAAAUUAUAUCAUCUUAAAUUUUCUUGAAAUUGGAAGUGGAAUCAUGCCUUAGUGUAGCAAAGAUUACAUAGACCAACCCUGAGUGAUAGUAUAUGAUAUAUACAUUACCAUUUACUGUGUGUAAAUGUACAGUUUGCCAGCCUCACAAUCAGUUAAAGGACUUUCUACUUGCACAAGUCAAAAUCUCAUUGAUGAAAAUCUGUCCAUGGGACCUCCAUGACUGAGUGGCUAAGAUCACUGACUUUAAAUCAAUUGCCCGUCUCUGGUGCGGGUUCGAUACCAUACUUGUAGUGUAGAAUUCUUUCAUAUCCAGAAACCGUCCAGCUGGCUCAAUAGUGCUACCCAGGUGCGCACAUAUGCCUGAAAUUAUGCUCAUUGUGUCUUACUCCCUCAUAAACAGCUGUAAAGUCACCAUAUGACAUAUAAUUGCAUUUUUGUGACAUUUAACCCAACGAAAACGAAAAACAAACAGUCCUCAAUAAAAUGAAAUGAGUGCAUUAUAGAGGCACAAUAAUAUACACUUAAUAAGAUGUUGACGAUGUCAUUUGUUCUAAAGUCUUUAAGGCCCUUCAGUUUCUGUACAUUAAUGAAAUUCUGUUGACGGCAUAUUAAUAUAUUGAGUUUUCAUGUCAAGACAUAAUAUCCUGGAACACUGGCUAGGUUAACUGCCAGUCUUUACAUAACUGAAGUACUGUUGAAAAAUGGCACUUAACCAGAAACAAAAGGUAUUCACUUUGCUGGAAUGAAAUAAAAUUCUCGGCGUAAAUCACUGAUGUUGAUAAAUUUGAUAGUUUUAUUAGAUUUAUUACUACUGUGCAGAAGGCUGAUUAGUAUUUUAAACAGUUAAUAUAAUAAAAUGUGUAUGAAAAUCCAAAAUUUUCCAUCUUUUAUUGGUUUUGAACACUUUGGUUUCACGUUCAGUUUUGACUAUUUAACAGAGCUUGUACAACAAUGUAUAAGAGGAAUGUUUCUAUUUAUUGGUCUCUGCAAUCAAGAUUAUUAUUACUACUAUUAAAGUUUUAUUCAAAAGCAUCUCUUACAGUAGAAGUAUUUUAGAUUUUAAUCAUUUAAAUGAAUUUUCAAACUAAUUUUGAACUGUUUGUGGUAAAAAUUUGGUCACUGUUUCUAAAAAUUAGAAGUUGAAUUUCUGUUCCAUUACUUCAGUUACAUGUUAGAUAUUUAUGUUAAAUUAGUGUUCAUGUGCACAUGGCUGAAAUUAGGAAUGACAGACCUUUUGGACACUUCGCAGUCAAGUUCAGUGUCACUUUAACUUUGAUUUCCCAUUUCAUUCAAGUCCUUGUGCUCAGUAAAUUGAAUAGCAGUGCAUAUAUUUUAGUAAAACUUAAAAUGAAUAACACCAAUUAAUAAGUUUAAAUUAUUAAGAAUAAAAGGUAAAAGAUGCAAA